UUGCACCACUUGUGUUUUUCUUGGUUUGUGGUCAGUUUAGUGGGAUUAGCAUAUAUUAACUUUACAAAGCACAUUAAAUAUUGCAGUUCAUGAGUACUCAACAAACACAUGCCAGGUACACCUUGUUCCCAACCUUUCAUUCACUUGAGCAACACCGACCGACAAUGGAAGACGACUGCAAAUGGCUCGUUUUUUGCGGUGACAGGAUUUUGGCAAAUAUUGGGAAUAGAUAUAUAAAUUACAUUAUACAAACACGUAAAGCUCGAGGAGAAGCUUAUAUCUGGCGACAAAAGAUUCUGUAAAGCUGCAAUGUGAAAAGUUUGCAAGCAAUGAACCUUUUAAUGGCACAGUAUUUACAUUCACAGAGCGGUUGGGUCGUCGGGACGCUGCUUUUGUUACUCUGGCGAGCAGUGUCGGUUCCUUGUUUGCUUGCCAGGACCGAUCCAUUAAACAGACAAGAGUACUGUUUAGAAAAUGUUGCUCAUGCUUAGAUAGACGCAACACUGUCGUACGGAGAGACAUUUCAGCCUACGUCAAGUGCUUCCUCCAAACAAUGUUACGCGAUUGAACUAUUCUAGACUCCCUUACAGAAGACUUUGCCGAGUUUAGUGAAGCCGCAUACUGCAGGAUGUUGUGUUUAAGAUCUGCAAAUAUGAAUGCUCAUUUGAUUUUGUUUAAAUGAGCCAGUUAUUACUAAGUGCCAUCAAGAGAGACAUUUCUUCGCUUUUCAACUACGGUUUUCUUCAUUCCCCAAAGGCAUGUGGUCGCACCCCUUAUCAUAAUGUGUCGUCCGAAGUGCCGUUCCACGGCUCUCCAGCUGUACGUUAGACUCAAGUGCCGUCCCUUUAGCAAAGAACAGCCCGUACAACAGACAAAAGCGUUUGUCUGUUGCACAUCUUACCUCUUGUCCCUGAACUAUUUUUUAUAGCAAAUCAGCACCAACUAUAGUUGCUGACAGAGUGAGAGUGUCAGGGCACGUCUUGCGAACGGCCGGCCUCCAGCAUGCCCUCCGUGCCUCCCGCUACGGUUGGGCUGCGCCUAUGUGCUCGAAGUGCUGAAGCAUUCUUAAAGCUUGGAAGCAAGUGCAGGAGGCGGAGCAGCUGAAGCUCCCGCCUGCCGUUCUCACCUUGCGAGUGACUAUAGCCCAGUUUUCGACACUUCUGCUCUUAACAUAUUGCUGCAAAAUUUAGUAUGCCUACUUUCUCGGAACUUUCGUGCGUUAGGUUAUGGCGUAACUGUCGUACUAACAUCGUCGUCAUAGUGUAAAUAGAUUCAUAGAAGUGUGGCCGCCCCAUAGAUUCUUCUCAUUCACGCUCAACAAUUUAGAUUUGUGCGGUUAUAUAUCGUAACACAGUAUAGCUGGAAAAAAAAAAAAAAACAUUUAAGUGCAAAUUGGUGUGGUACAGUCUGGUGCAAUAGAACCAAUCGAAGCAUGUUGAAAAUGAAAAAAAAUCACUGAUAACUUUUGAAUUUAUCGUAACAUCCUGAGAGAAUGCCCACCUGAAAGCGAGAGCUAAUCGGGUGGAAAUGAGGAGUGGGUUAACUUUCGGUGUGUGAUCAAAAAAGGUUUUGAAAAUGCUAUUUUUGUAUUCUGUAACCUGCCUAAUUUGUCUUCACAUUGAAGGGCAUUAGAGCAUAGACAACUGUCGUUCCCUGUCAGCAUUGUAUGCUUACCUCCCACCGUAGCUACCUAACCUGAUUUCGGCAGAGGUCACCGUUGGCCAGGGCACUGCAAUUACUAGCAAUGGGCUAUCUUUUGGUGUUUUUGAAGAACCAGCAAGUUGUAUCAAAGACAGAGGUGGGUUAUCUUAUGAAGGUGGGGCAUCUUUCGGGAUAUUACAGUAAUCCUUUUGAAUCAAUGAAACUGGUGUGCUGCAGUUGAGGUGUUUGUAACGGAAAAGUGUGAAAGAUUGUGCUCAUGCUAAAUUCCUGUACUGGAAGUACACUAGUGCUUGUUUCAUUGAGUACUGUAUGAUUUUGUAGACUUUCCCCUGAUGCAGAGACCCCUCGAAGAACGUCGCUACAAUGGAAAGAAGUUUCGAACUGCCGGGGCACCCCUGUGCAGGUCUCGCCGUGGGGGCGACCAGGGACAAAGCCGAGAGCUUUGGCUGCGGAGAUGCCGGGAGCGAGCUAUUUUCUCUCAAGUAUGGGUUGAGUGGCUGGCAGCAGGAGACACGCCAGCAAUCGGAGGUCGAGGACCAGUACAGUUUCUGCCCUUACACCGGUCUUGCCAUGGGAGCCGUCAAUGCCCGGGUUGAAGGCUUUGGCUGCAAAGACACUGGGACCAAACGUAAUUCUCAAGACUGGUCCAGCGGACAGCUGCAGGAGACAUGCCAACAAUGGGAAGACCAGCACAAGUGUCGUUUCUGCCCUUACUUCAGUUUGAGGAGUGAUGCGUUGACCAUUCACGAAAGAACACACACCCGAGAAAGGCCCUUCCGCUGCAGCUUCUGCCCUAAAGCAUUCAUCCGGAAGGACCACCGACGGCUUCACGAAAGGAUUCACACGGGUGAAAAGCCGUUUAAGUGUCAGACAUGCCACAAGGCCUUUGGAGACGGGAGCUCUUUUAUACGACACAAGAGGACCCACACGCGGGAAAAACCGUUGAAGUGCUGCCUGUGUGGGGGAGUGUUCACACGGGCAAGCGAGCUAGCGUCGCAUCAGAAGAUGUGCCACUCAUGAGGGACACUUAUCACAUAACAGUCGUGGAGGCGGUUUGCACAUGAGACACUUUUGAAGCAUCAACUUGUGUUUUACACCCUCUGAUGAAACUGAAGGCAUUAUUUUUGAGAGCCUCGAGUAGGGUAGAUAUUUGCAGUGUUUUUCGCAUUCCAUAUUCUGUGUGGCACAUGAAAUUUUUAUGGUUUUGUUGCAGAAAUAUUUAUGUUCUGCAUAUAAAUAUUUGCACUGUAAAAAGAUCAUUGCCAAUACAAAAACAGCAGUAGAAGAUAUUAGAUUAUAUUUUUAAAGAUAUCCAUUGUUCCAUUUGCAGGCCUAAGGCUAAGGGAAAUUCAACUGUCAUAGCUGCUACUCAACAGAACAGUGCAACCUGUCUACUGAAAAAAUUGUAAGGGUGCAGGCGAGCUGGUAAAUAAUAACCAUGUUGAAUUAACCUGAAGCUGGGGUAGAGAAGAAAUAUUAAAGCGUAUAAGGGACAAAAAAUAGACACGACGACGUC